AUGAAAGAGAAUGAGACCAGAUUCGUAAAACUAGAGCAGAGCGAUAAAGAAAAGGCUGAGCUAAUUGCAGAACUAAAUUGUGAUGUUGGAAAAAUCAAGCAGGAGCAAAUUGCUAUUAAUGUUUCGGUGCAAGACGGGAUAUCUAGUCAUGUGAUUUCUGAAAAUUUGGAAAAUCUAGAGGAAACCGUGACAAAUUUGUCACGAUCAGACUAUGUAUACACAAAUACCUCUAAAGUAUCAGGAUUGGAGCAGAAUGAUGAAACUGAUGUGGUUGACACAAGUCAAAUUAUAGUACAAGGUCUAAUUCAAGAAUUAAUUCAGAAUCAAUGCGAAGUAACCUGCCAAACUGACUCCAUAUCCUCAGAUGAUAAAAUUAAUAAAUCUUGUAUUCAGGAUAUGGAAAACUUAAUUUCAGACUUCGCAGAAA